ACUAUCCCCUCACUCUCCCAGUGGCAGACUCACAGUGACUGCACGAGAGAGAAACAAUGGCGACCUUCAUACACCUUAUAACAACAUUAUUAUUAUUUUUAGUAGUACUCUCAACCAAGGUGAAAUCUUGUCCACCGUCAGAUCUCGAGGCGCUCUUGGCCGUCAAGUCUUCCCUCAACGAGCCCUACUUGAACAUCUUCAACACAUGGACCGGCACAAAUUGUUGCAAUAACUGGUUCGGAGUCAGCUGCGACCCCACAACUGGCCGAGUAGCCGAUCUCACUCUCCGCGGCGAGUCCGAGGAUCCCAUUUUCCAAAAAUCAGGCCGUACCGGUGGUUACAUGACUGGUUCUAUUAAACCUGACAUCUGCCGCCUCGACAAGCUCACUACACUCAUCGUAGCCGAUUGGAAGGCCAUCUCCGGACAAAUACCUACCUGCAUUACUACUUCCCUCACUUCUCUACGAGUCCUCGACCUUGUCGGGAACCAGAUCUCCGGUAAUAUUCCGGCCGAGAUCGGUAAUCUCCAGAGCCUAGCGGUCCUCAACAUCGCCGACAAUCAGAUCUCCGGCGAGAUCCCGGCGUCGAUUGUUAAUCUCAAAAGCUUGAAGCACCUAGAUCUUAGCAAUAACAAGAUUUCCGGCGAAAUACCCGCUGAUUUCGGGACUCUAGUCAUGCUGAGUCGAGCAUUACUGAAUCGGAACCAACUCACCGGUUCUAUACCUAGUUCAAUCGGUAACAUGAACAGAUUAGCGGAUUUGGACUUGUCCAUGAACCAAAUCUCCGGCUCUAUCCCAUCGGAGUUGGGGAAAAUGCGGGUCCUCUCGACCCUGAACUUGGAUAGCAACCAGAUUUCGGGUCAAAUACCGCCCGCAUUAUUGAGCGACUCUGGUUUGGGUAUUCUGAACCUCAGCCGAAACGCACUUGAAGGAAACAUACCGGAUGUUUUCGGUCCGAAUACCUAUUUUUUGGUACUUGAUUUAUCCUACAAUAGCUUGAAGGGUGCAAUACCCGGUUCGUUGUCGUCGUCAAAGUUUGUCGGGCACUUGGAUUUGAGCCAUAACCACCUUUGUGGUUCCAUUCCGAUUGGCUCGCCGUUCGACCAAUUCGAAGCGCCGUCGUUUUCUAACAAUGACUGUUUAUGCGGGAACCCGUUGAAGACUUGUUAAUGUGUGGUGUUUCGGCCCGAUAGAUUAACAGUCGUGUUGUACGUGUUUUAUUUUGUGCACGUAAAUGUCGUAAUAUUUAGUGUGUUCGUGUUAUGAUUAAUUAAGGUGAUUCUAAAUGCACAUA